UCAACAGCUACAGAAAACUCUCCAACAACACCGUCAAGUACUUCACAAUCCUCUAGUGCAGUUUCAACCACCACUUCUGCAUCAACAUCUUUGGAAACAUCUACAGCAUCACCUACAACUACAACUGCAUCACCUACUGUAUCUUCAACUACAACAUCAUCACCAGUAACUACAAAUUCCAAAACAACUUCAGCCUCAACAUCUACAGUAGCCACUCUAACAACACUUCCAACAACUAGUGCAUCAUCUACUGAAGCAUCAACUAGCACUUCAUCUCCUGUUACCACAGAUAGUCAAACAACAGGUUCAACCUCAACACCACAUGCAACCUCUGAAACAACACCAUCACCUACCACGGCAUCAUCUAGUGCAGAAUCAACUAUUACUUCAUCUGUUGAAACUACAGUAAGUCAAACAACAACUUUAGCCUCAACAGCUACAGAAAACUCUCCAACAACACCUUCAAGUAUUUCACAAUCCUCUAGUGCAGUUUCAACUACAACCUCAUCUCAGACCACCACUUCUGCAUCAACAACUUUGGAAACAUCCACAGCAUCACCUACAACUACAACUGCAUCACCUACUGUAUCUUCAACUACCACUUCAUCACCAGUAACUCCAGCUCCAAACAGUUUAAGUGUAUCGCCUACUCAUGAAUCAACUUCACUUUUGUCUGUGUCUACGCAAAGUUCCACAACCACAUCUACAGGUAAUCUUGGUUUUAGAUUCUUGAUGUUUUUUUGCCAU